UGGAAAUUCGAACAUGUAAAAGGAAAAUUCGACACUGUAAAAAAUGGAAAAUUGCUAAUCGCUCCUUCUAUAUAUACACGACUCUGCUCAUCAUAAUUUCCAUCAAGCACACUCUUAAUUUCCUCUGCCUUUCAAAGCUCAAUCUCUUAAUUUUUCUCUGCGAUCUUUCGAAAGUUUCCACAAUGGAGAUGUUACUUGGUGGACAAGCAACCAAUGGAGCUCUUCGUUCAAAGACGAAGAUUGUUUGUACUCUUGGACCGGCUUCAAGAUCGGUGGUGAUGAUUGAGAAGCUUCUCAAGGCUGGUAUGAACGUAGCCAGGUUCAAUUUCUCCCAUGGUUCUCACUCUUACCAUCAAGAAACUCUCGAUAAUCUCAGAACCGCCAUGGCCAACACUGGAAUUCUCUGCGCCGUCAUGCUCGACACAAAGGUACAAAACAUCGUUUUUAUUAUAUUUAAUGUUGAAUCAACGAGGGUUGAAUCUAAUUCGGUUUAAUUUUGUUGUUUACAGGGUCCUGAGAUACGAACCGGGUUUCUCAAAGAAGGCAAACCGAUACAGCUAAACCAAGGUCAAGAGAUCACCAUCUCAAUUGAUUACACAAUAGAAGGAGAUUCAAACACUAUCUCCAUGAGCUACAAGAAACUUGCAGAGGACCUCAAACCUGGCGAUGUGAUUCUUUGUUCAGACGGCACAAUCUCACUAACUGUCUUGUCCUGUGACAAGUAUCUCGGUCUUGUUCGUUGCCGUUGCGAGAACUCUGCAAUUCUUGGAGAAAGAAAGAACGUUAAUCUUCCUGGAAUUGUAGUUGAUCUCCCAACACUUACCGAGAAAGAUAAAGAAGAUAUUAUGCAAUGGGGAGUUCCGAACAAAAUCGACAUAAUCGCUCUUUCUUUUGUUCGUAAAGGAUCUGACCUAAUCGAAGUUAGGAAGUUACUUGGAGAGCACUCAAAGAACAUCAUGCUUAUGUCAAAGGUGGAGAAUCAAGAAGGGGUGAUGAAUUUUGAUAAGAUUCUGGAGAAUUCUGAUGCUUUCAUGGUGGCUAGAGGAGAUCUUGGGAUGGAGAUUCCAAUCGAAAAGAUGUUUCUUGCUCAGAAAACAAUGAUCAAGAUGGCUAAUGCUCUUGGGAAACCAGUUGUCACAGCUACACAGAUGCUUGAAUCCAUGACAGUAUCUCCUCGUCCGACUAGAGCUGAAGCAACUGACGUUGCAAACGCAGUUCUUGACGGGACUGAUUGUGUUAUGCUUAGCGGAGAAACCGCUGCUGGAGCUCACCCUGAGACAGCCGUGCUAACAAUGUCAAGGAUCUGUAAAGAAGCAGAGAAUUUCAUCGAUUACGACGUUCUCCACAAGAAUACCCGAGGAAUGGUUUCAUUACCGUUAUCCCCGAUCGAGAGCUUAGCUGCUUCAGCUGUUUCUACCGCACGGAGUGUUUUUGCGACAGCGAUCGUCGUCCUCACUAAGGGCGGAUACACCGCAGAGCUUGUGGCUAAAUACCGUCCCAGCGUUCCAAUUUUGUCAGUGAUUGUGCCGGAGAUUGCUCAAGGGAAUGAUAUUGAGUUGUCGUGCUCAGACUCGGUGGCUCAUGUGGCGAGACGUAGUUUGAUUUACCGUGGGAUUAUUCCGGUGGUGGCGACGGGAUCUUCAGCUAGAGAUUCAAACAAAGAAGCAACGGAGGAGAUGAUUAGAUUCGCUAUCGGAUUCGCGAAGAUGAAGGGAAUUUGUAAGACUGGAGAUUCCAUUGUGGCUUUGCACAAGAUUGAUGGUUCCUCUGUUGUGAAGAUAGUGACCGUCGAGUAACGGAAACUUUAA